AGCUGAUAUUAUACAUGUGUGAAAACGAACCAUGAAGACGGGAGUAGUAACCAGCCCGGUGUGUAACGCGGACUGGAUGGGCUCCCUGUCACCGACUUUAUCAUCCAUGCCGCUCAAGCACUUGGCUGUUCCAGGAUCUCACGACUCCUUCAGCUUCUGGGUUGAUGAGAAAGCUCCGGUGGGACCAGACCAGGCUCCUGUGGUCAAGCGGCUCGCUGGGUUCUUCCGUUCACUGGGGAAGAAGGUGAUGAAGAAGUGGUCCAUGACCCAGAACCUGACCUUCAGGGAGCAGCUAGAGGCGGGCAUCCGCUACUUCGACCUGCGCGUCUCCUCCAAGCCCAAUGAGCGUGGCCACGAGAUUUACUUCAUCCACGGCUUGUUUGGCCACAAAGUGCGGGACGGACUGAUGGAAAUCAACAGCUUCCUCAGCGCUCACUCCAAAGAGGUGAUCUUUUUGGAUUUUAACCACCACUAUGCCAUGGGCGACGCUCACCACUCGUACCUGCUCUCCAUGCUGCAGGAGGUCUUUGGACGCAAGCUCUGCAGAAGGGACUGUGAGGAAGAGGUCACGCUGGAGUAUUUGUGGCAGAAGAAGUACCAGGUUAUUGUGUUUUAUCAUCACAGCUCAGCAGAAAACUGCCCCCUCCUGUGGCCUGGAACCAAGAUCCCGGCCCCGUGGGCGAACACCACGGACGCAUGCAAACUCAUCCAGUUCCUGGAGACCACCCUUGGGGAGCGGGCACGUUACGGGACCUUCCACGUGUCUCAGGCCAUCCUGACGCCCCGGGUGAAGACCAUCGUGAGAGGACUGAUCAAGGGCCUGAGGAGCUACCUGGUGGAAAGACCCUGGCCAUUGUUUGAUUUCCCUCACAAGCAGUUCCUCUUUGCACUUGGGAGAAAUUCAUCGUCCCAUUUUAAAGAUGACUCUGCAAAGACCAGAGGGGAAACAAGCCCUGACAAAAGAUCUGCAAGCCAGGAGUCCACCUCGCCCCAUUCCUCCGGCCUCCAUUCCCCCAGAAGCCCGCUGGACUUCAUUGACACAGGAAAGGGCCUCAAGGUCCAGACUCCCAAGCCCCACCUGGUCAGCCUAGGGAGUGGACGGCUGAGCACGGCCAUAACCUUGCUACCUCUGGAGGAAGGUACGCUCAACACUGCCUGCUCCCUUGGGGCAUCAGGGCUUGCUAUGGGCCAGUGA